AUGGCGCUCCUCCAAAGGCUCCUCCACCUUACCAACUUCUCCUCGCCGCUGCUCCGGACCGCCGUCCCUGCCGUGGGCACUGCCUUCGCCAUCCAGGCCGCCUUCGCCGUCCCCUCUAUCGCCGCGCAGUCAGAGCGCUUCUAUGACUUCUCCGGCGCCCUGACACACAUCUCCGUCGUCGCGCUGAGCCUCUACCUCCCCGCCCUGCGGGCCAGGUAUGCCGGUGGUGCGGCGGCUAUGGCCAAGCCCCUCCCCAGCCUGCUCGCGCCGUUCACGAACCCGGCAUCCGCCGCACUGAACUGGAGGCAGGUCGCCCUGACCGUAGCGGUGUGCGUCUGGGCUGCAAGGCUCGGCACCUACCUCUUCCAGCGCGUCCUUCAACAAGGCCAGGACUCCCGCUUCGAAGAGAUCAAGAAGUCACCGCCCAAAUUCUUUGUGGCCUGGAUGGCCCAGGCCACCUGGUGCUCCCUCAUCUGCCUCCCCGUGGUCGCCCUCAACGCCGUGCCGGCUGGCGUGCUGGCCACCGCCCUCCCUGCAGGCGUCAGGGUCACGGACGUGCUCGGGAUCGCGCUGUGGGUGGGCGGUAUCACCACGGAGGUCGUGGCUGAUCGGCAGAAGGCGAAAUGGCUGCGGGAGAAGCAGGAGAAGAAGCACGAGGAGGACUUCUUGACCAGAGGGCUCUGGGGCAGGAGUCGCUUCCCCAACUACUUUGGCGAGUCCACCCUCUGGACCGGCCUGGCAACUACCGCCGCCGGCGUCCUCGUCAACCCGGCUGUCCAGGCAAGCCUUGGCCUCGGCGGCGGCGCGGCUGGUAUCGCUGGCGCCCUGGCCCUGGCCUACGUCAGCCCGCUCUUCACUACGUUUCUGGUUACACAGGUGAGCGGGAUCCCGCUGUCGGAGAACAAGUACGACAAGCGGUAUGGCAAUAGGAAGGAUUACCAGGAGUGGAAGAAGAACACGCCGAGGUUCUUCCCCAAAAUCUUCUCAUGA